UCCGAGCCGAGACUCGAGCACUACUAGUCUACGGAGCACUUCCGUCCCUCGUCAAGUCGCAAUUUUUAUUGCGCUCUUGUUUCUUCCCUCUGCUCCCCUCCCCACCCACCUCUCUUGAUAACUACGGUCCGCCGCCGAGAAAAAGGUCCCGCCUUUUUUUCUUCAUCCUAUUGGAUCGAUAAUGCGCUGUUCUGGGCUCCGAGGUUUCCAAGUUGAAGGAGCCGGACAUGGCUUCCACGUCCCUGGGGCCGGCGUCGGCUGGUCAUGCCGGCUCCCGCCGCCGCCACAUGUGCCGUCGAGAGCUCUUCCGGCUGUGGCCGCUCCGGAUUGGAGGCGGGAAGGGGUGAGGGGUGGGAGAUUGGGUUCUGUCGUUGUCCGUGUGAAGCCCGUGGAAGAUGAGAACUUGUCGCCGGCGGCGCCUUUGCGGUUGUCGGCGGACCGGGCGGUGGAGGAAUCGAGGAAGUCGGGUCGGAAUUCGAGCUCGCUUCCUGGUUCACUUGGUGUCUUCAGUGAGGACUUUGUCCUGAAAGCAUACCCACAGGGUGAAGCUGUUCCAUGUGAACAGUUUGAGGUUGCAUUCAAGGUCAAUGAGAUAUCAUCUUAGUUGAGCCAAAUCAGCCUAAACACCAAAGCAUAUGAUUUUUGAGCAUUUACAGGCAGUUGUACUGGCAGUUGUACUUUCAUUAGUUGAUAAAGCAGUUCUGCCAAUUGAGAAUUCAAUGGACGGAAGCUAUCAUCAGAAUUAUGACUUGCUUCUCUGCCAUAAUUUGCGCCUUGUGGGUGAGGUGCAGUUGUCCAUUAACCACCGUCUUGUAGCUCUGCCAGGCAUGCACAAGCAGCAGUUGAGGCGUGUUUUAAGCCGCCCACAGGCACUUGGCCAAUGUGAGAUUGCAUCGAGCACGUUGGAUGUUGUACGAGAAAGUGUCGAUGACUCUGCUGGUGCCACUCAGUUGAUAGGGUUUAAGGGAUGCAGGAGCAAUUGCAAGUGCCCGGGCUGCAGAUAUCUAUGGGCAUAAUGUGCUCGAGGAAACUAUGCAGGAUGUCCCCAAAAAUGUUUUGAGAUUUCUUGUCCUUGCUCGGGAACCUAUAAUUCCAAGGAUCGAUAGAGCCUUUUAAGACUAGCAUAGUAUUCACUCUUGAAGAAGGUCGUGGAGUAUUAUUCAAAGCACUGGGACUUCUUUCUCUGGGGAAGAUAAAAUUCACAAAGAUCGAGAGCAGGCCCCAAAGGAGUCGCCCUCUUAGGGUUGUUGAUGACUCAGCAGACGCAUUGCUAUUCCUUCGACUAUGGUCAUAGAGAGAGGUUAUUAGAACAUCUCGGGGCUUACGUACGUAUUUUAGCUUUACAUUCGUCAGUGUCAACCAAAACCAAAAUGUCUGUGUUCUUCGGAUAGAGAGUGGAAGUGCAAUAAUAACUCGUUGAAGUAGGACUUCCAAACUUUGAUACGUUACUUGCUCUGUUCAUCGUGCUCAUGUUGAGUCAUUAUUUUUCAACUAUAAACUUUGAUACGUUGCUUACUCUCUAUCCACUUCGGAUAGAGAGAGGCAACCCGCUGUGCAUCACCAAACCAAGAAAAAUUUCACUUCAAAUGCAUUAUUAGCACUCAGAAACUGUUCAGAGAGAGAGAGAGAGAGAGAGAGAGAGAGACUCUGUUGUGCUGCUAUCAUUCAUCAGACUGAUUUGAAGAUCUCUAUCUAAUAAUUAAUUAUCUGAUCCGCUAACUGGAUUGCCUAUUUAAUGCUUAUCAUGAAUGGGAAUCAGUUACCUCUGUUUUGUUUUUGUUUUUGCAUGUAAAUCCUCCACGGCUAAAUGUACCAGAAAAAAUAUUCAUUUCAUAUAUAUACACAAAAAGAAAGAAAAUUCUUGGAUCAAGAACAGUUCAUUCUUUGGAAUACAUAUUUUCUUUUACAGCUAAAAUGACGACUAGAUCCUCCGGACAACUUGCUCCAACCCAUACGUCAUAAGAUGCUCAAUCAAAUCUAAGAUUUUUAGGUGGAGACAGCUUAGAAGGUGGCAACUAAAAUAACAGAGGCCAUGGAAGUCCCACAGCAACCAAAAGCAGAGAGGACGCAAGAGAUAAGGACGAAGACACCCCAUGUGGUGCCUCUCUCCCGUCCCACGCACGUGGAGGCGCAGGUCCUCUCUCUCUCUCUCUCUCUCUCUCUCUCUCAGACACACACUCAGCUAUGGCUUGAAAGUAGUUUCCAAGGCAAGCAGAUGAGUAACUCGUCGCGAGCCCGAGCACACAGAAAAAGAAGAGAAACUACUGGCAAGUCUAUCUAUCAAUGUUGACCUCCUUGGGAUCGGCAUCACAACUUCAUGCACUGCACUCUGGAAGAGCAUAUCAGAUUCGUUUGUUUCAUCAAACUCGGAAGGUCUUUUGUUCCUCUGAUCGCCAGUUCAUGGUGAGCAUGGAAGAAAGGCUGGUUCUUCUUCUUGUUCUUCUUCUUCAUGGGUGAGGUGGUUGAGAGGUCAUCAUCGGAAACAUGGUCUUUGUGUUCUCGUUGGCAAUAUUAUUUUGCCCUUCCAUCACAUCAUCACAUGAUGAAUCCCUGUUGGCUGGUGAAUGAUGUUGAUGGGGUAACUGCCAUGUGGUCGAAGGGCAUUGCCAGGACCAUGUCGGCUGGUGCUCAGUUGGUCUUGCAUCAUUAGAAAUGGAGGCAACUUUGCUACUCAACACUUGGUUUCAACCACUUGUUGAACAAGAAGCAUUAAGGUUUCCAUGUUUGAACACUUUCUCUGUCCUUCUUUGCUGAUGUAUUCCUUAGAAAGAACACUUUUUAACUGUCAUGGAGUAAAAGAAGUUAUAUCUGAUGGAUGCUUUAGGCACGCAUCAUUGCUGUUGCUUCCAAGAAAACAUCUGCCUUUGCUGUUGCACUUGCUGUAUGUAGUUUACUCCACAUGCAGAUGAUGAUGAAGAAGAAGAACAAAAGUGAAGAACUAGACAUGCAUAUGUUUGCCUGAAUCAGCAAUUCAUGCUUCAUUAAUUCUGCACAACGAUUACUUCAGGUGUAGGAAAUGUGAAGCAAAAUGGUUGACCCCAAAAGGUCAUCGCAUGUAAACAU